AUGGCGCUGCCACUUCCCCCCGGUCUCACGGCCUCAGAGGUGGGCUUCCUCUGCGAGAUGGAGCUCGUCACAGUAAUCCCACGCCAAAGACUCGAAGGACUCGAACUGCUCGGAGGGCCCACGCAACCGCUCAACCCACCUUUUCCCACCCCAUUACCGCUGUGGCUUGCUCUGCUGCUCAAGAAGCAGAAAAGGGCUAAUAUCAAUCCUCCAGCCUGGCUCAGCGUGGACGGCUUAAGUCACAUUCACGACUUCGAGACGGAUACGCGGACCGCCGAGGUCUUCUCGCCAUCGCAGGCGCUUCCGCCUCCUGCCGGAGUUCGUCAUGGGUAUGAAGACUACCUGUCUUCGGACGUGAUAGACUUCGCGCCGCCGUUUCUGGCGAAUUCGUCUACGACGGGGGCACAAGCAGAUGCGCUUCCGUAUCAUUGGCUUGAAGUGGGACAUCUUCUGCUCACGCAUGCCGCUGAUGACUUUGAUGAUCCUGAGGGUGUGCGGAGGCUUCUGAGAGACUUGAGGGAAGUACGUAUGAGUAAGCUGAGGAAGGGUUUCAAGGUACUUGAUGCUGGUGCUGGGGUGAAGUUGAACGGUGUUGGUGGUAUGGAGAUUGCUGAAGUCAGAGGCUUUGUGGGCGGUAUGGUGGAUGGAUUGAGGAAGAUCAAUCGCUCACGAGAAGAGUCACGGAGGGAGCGGGAGGCGGAAGAUCGUGAAAAUGGACUUGGUGGCAGUAGCUAUCAAGACGAUGAAGAUGACAUGCAAUUAUGA